AUGGUACUGGUCAUCGUGUCACUGGUGGACAAUACGACAGACUACGAUGACUAUGACUACCUAGAGGCACUCAACACCUACUACUGGGAGGAGCUAUUGCCUCCUCUGGUAGUCUACAGUGUUACCAUGGUGUCACUGGUGGACAAUACGACAGACUACGAUGACUAUGACUACCUAGAGGCACUCAACACCUACUACUGGGAGGAGCUAUUACCUCCUCUGGUAGUCUACAGUGUUACCAUGGUGUCACUGGUGGACAAUACGACAGACUACGAUGACUAUGACUACCUAGAGGCACUCAACACCUACUACUGGGAGGAGCUAUUACCUCCUCUGGUAGUCUACAGUGUUACCAUGGUACUUGGCAUUAUCGGGAACUCGCUCAUCAUCUUUACGAUUUGCCGUUACCGAAGAAUGAAGAGUACAACUAACGUGUUUCUCGCAAGUCUUGCAUCUGCUGAUCUGUUGCUUAUCAUUAUAUGUAUUCCAGUAAAGUUGGCCAAACUGUUCUCGUACGGCUGGACCCUUGGACUGUUCCUGUGUAAGCUGCUCCACUACAUGCAGAGUGUGUCUGCCAUCUGUUCUGUUCUAACACUCACUGCGAUGAGCGUUGAGAGGUACUACGCAAUCGUCCACCCUAUGAAGGCCAAGUAUCUAUGUACGAUCAGUCAAGCCAAGAAGAUUAUCCUUUGUAUCUGGCUCGCUUCCUUCCUACUGGCCACACCUAUGUUAGUGGUCCAGAUACUGGAGGUGGUGGGGGAGAAGCAUCCAGCCUACUGGUGUACACGCAACCGUGAUGACGUAGCACUCUGGCGUCUGCAUGAGUUGUACAUGCUGAUGUUAAUACUGGUGAUACCUACUGCAGUGAUGGCGUGCACAUACACAUGCAUAUGCUGGGAGGUUUGGUCUGUCAUGCAGGCCAGAUAUGACAUGACUAGCGGGAAAGCAACUCUCACGUGUGAAAACUUCCCUCUCAGCUGUAAACGAACAACUAGUUUCAAACAGUCCUUCAAGGCCAAUCAAGAGGAGAACAAUACUGUAAAACAGGUAAUCAAGAUGUUGGUGAUGAUAGUGGUAGUAUUCGUGAUAUGCUGGGCUCCCAUGCUUAUAGACAACUGCCUCACAGCAUGGCAGGUGCUGGCCAGUGAGCGACCUGGCAGCAUACUCAAGCAUAUGUACACCAUAUUCACGCUGAUGGCUUACUUUAACAGUUGUGUGAAUCCUAUUGUGUACGGGUUCAUGUCUAAGAACUUCCGGGAGAGUUUCCAAAAAGCACUUUGUCUAUGUUGGAGAAGAUCACCGAGAAGACAAUUGUCCGUGUCUCAAACCCGCACAACAUCACUGAGGUACAACGAUCGGAACUCAGUGCUUACCUGAGAUCAGCUAACGCUCAGUGUUCACAACACUGAACGUUUUUGAAGAUCUCAACAGCACGUUGCGGCCCCAGAUGGCACAUCAGUGUUCUGUGUUGGACUGUAAACAGCCAAACAACUGGACACUUACAUUGAAUGUCUCAACAAACCCUGUGUUGAAUGUUCACUUUGUUGUGUGUUGAACCCUCAUGUACGUGAUUAGCGUUGUUCGUCGUGAAUCUAGACUGGAUACAAAUUAAGGGAGCAAGAUCUUGAAGAGUAAAAUUUAUUAUAUCUUCGUUAACAUGUAAAAAUCCUCGUGAACAUGUUGUGUGUAUUUAAUUUAACAGUUUCUUGUAAGAAACAUCCAUAUAGUCAAUCGGUUCUUGUGAAUAAUAGAGGUUUUUAACUGGCUAAAGACAAUAUUUGACGUUUUUGAAAAUUAUAAAUCAAGUUGACGUUAUGCUAAAAUGCAAUGUGGUAUCUAACUUUGUUCAAAAAACAUCAACUUAUUUUCUAUAGUCAAAUAACGUUUAAGAGACAGUUUUUUUUCUAUAUCGUUUAGUUGCUCUCAAAUACUCCGGUAAAAGUAUGUAUAAAG